AUGUGUGACGAGAAGCUGCCGCAAUGCUCCCAGUGCCAACGGAUGCGACGGCCCUGUCCGGGUCCACAGACGGGCUCAAUCUUUGUCCAUGCCGUAGCAACAGAACGCGGUCCAAAGGCGGAAAAGGCGAGGGUUCGGGAUUCAACUGCCUAUCAAGAGGUUCUGGUAGCUGCUGCGCCGCUGGCGAGACAUGUUCAGUGUGCAAGCAGGGCUUCUGCAGCGCCCCCAAACGCAUAUCAGCCGUCUGUUGCUCCGGCCUUCGAUCAGCUAUUCCUUUCCAGCUUCAUCAAUUCGUUUGCCAAACCUAGCGCCGGAUCCGAGCCUCAUCAGUCAUGGAUGAAUCACCUGCACGAGCUUCUGGUCACCGGCGAUGUACCACUCAAGAGCUCAAUACGAGCCGUGGCCACGGCUUUUCAUAGCAGAACGGCGGGAAAUCCUGCGGCUCAACAUGCUGCUGAGCGUUGCUACGUUGCCGCCUUACGAGCCCAAAGAGCCAGGAUAGCUCCUUUCCUGAGCCUUCCCUCUUCGCGCUAUGUGCCUGAUGAUCAAGAAAUAUUCACCUCAAUGAUGUUGCUGUAUUUUGAGCUCAUCAAUCCAUCAUCGACUGCUAGCUGGCUCAAGCAUAUGCAAGGGGUUAUGAGCUUGCUGGUGUUACGAGGCCCGAAGAGCUGUCAAACUGGUGCUAUGCAUCUUCUCUUCCGUUCCCUGAGGUUCCUCGAGGCCUAUGUUUCCUUUCGAAACAAGAAAGCAUCAGUCUUUGCGUCUGAAGAAUGGCGUACCAUCCCUUUUGCCACCUCUGGUAAAAGCGACAUAGACAGGCUCAUCGAUAUCCUUCUUCUAGCCCCGUAUCUUUUCAGCGACAAAGCGUCCGAUGGGACUGCAUUUAUCCCAGGCUCUAACAUCUCCGUUGAAUGUCUUUCGGCUCAGUUGAGCGUUUACAGGGAGCGGUAUAUACAAAGUAUUCUUUCUGCGCAAGAAAGUAGACGGCAUAUGAGCCAAAGCUCCGAUGAGAGUGAAGAAGAUGAUUGCAACGGGUGCAGCACUUGGAUCGAUGGCGGAGGAGACUUUUGCACAUCAAUGCCCGAGUCGUUGUUUUACUCUGCCAAGCUCAUCAUCGACUAUGUUGCUUUCAGAGAAAACGCAAAGGCGUUUGAGGAGGUCCUCGUGGCUGAGCAGUUUCUCUAUACGUCCCUGUUGUUCCGAAUAGCCGAGUUGGCCAAAGAGGGAGGGGAGCUGCAGGUGAAUGUUGGGACUUGCGUACAACUGGCAUUCAGCCUUGAAGUCGUUGAGUCGUUUGGCCUUUCGUCUGCUUGUCGAGAGCAGGCUCGGUUCCAUUUGAAGGAACUUGGGUGGGAAAAUGUGCCUACUGUUGUUUGA